CCAUAACCAUGUUCUUGACAGCCAGACGUCAAGUUAUGCAUAUGUAAAGUGAUUGGGAUAAUUUAUUGUUAUUUAUUAGUGAUAAAUUAAGUAAUGAGCUUUUAAUUCUUAGUGAUUAUCACAAGUGAUUAACAGAUUGAUCAAAUCAAAUGACUUAAGUGAAAACUACAACAUUGAUAUCUUGUAAUUCCACUUUGUCGGUAUGUGGCACGAAGCAAGGCGUCAAGAGCGUAAAAUUCGGGGGAUGUUGGUUGAUUACAGAAGACGAGCUGAAAGGCGUCGUGAUUUCUAUGAAAAAAUUAAAGCUGACCCUACUCAGUUUAUGCAAGUUCAUGGGCGUCAGUGUAAAAUUCAUUUGGAUCCAAAUGUAGCUGCUGCUGCUGACAGUCCUGCAGCUAUGAUGCCUUGGCAGGGUCAAGCUGAUAAUUUAAUUGAUAGAUUUGAUGUUCGUGCUCACUUAGACUAUAUACCUCUAGUAAAAAAACAGGAAGAUGUUGAUGAGUUAACAUAUGAAGAACGUCAAGUAAAUUAUGAAAGAUACAGAGUUAUUGCUCAAAACAGUUUUCUAGGAAUACAAGAAGAAAAGUUCUUAAAGCAGCUUCAGUUAGAAGAACAGUUUGGAUAUACUGAACCUGAAUCAAAAAAGAAGAAGAGUGGAGGAGUAUCAAUAGGGUUUAAUUAUGAAGAAGGAACAGCUCCUACUCAAUCAGUUCCUCCCCUUGAAGAAAGUGAAGAAGAAAAUUCAGACAGCGACUUGGACGUUGAUUUGUACAUAAAUGUUUCCAAAAUAGAUCAACAACAAGCUCAUGAAAUGAACAAGCAUGGUUUAGGAUAUGGCAUGAGUUCAAAUGAUUUUUAUUCAUUUCUGACUAACGAUAUGGAAGAGGCUGAAAGUAAUCGGUUAGCACGAGAAGAAGAACAUGAGAAAGCCCUUUUUUCUGGGCGAAAAUCUAGACGCGAAAGAAGAGCUCACAGAGAAAGACGUCUCGCUAAUAGGGUAAUAAGCCCACCCAGUUAUGCUGCUCGUACUUCACCAACAUAUCCUUCAUUUAGAGAAAGUAAAUCGCCUUCACAUUCACCUUCUCCAGAAAAUACAGGAAAAAUAACGUAUAUAACAUCAUUUGGAGGUGAAGAUGAUCCACCCAGCACAAGCAAGCCAACCUAUGCUGAUAAAGUGAAGUAUGGACGAAAAGGAAAAUCGUCAGCUGGUCGACGUAAUAGUCCUGAUUAUAGAAUAUCAGAUAGAAGGAGGCGAAGAAGCAGUAGUUCAGAAUGUAAUUCCCGUUUUAGACGAAGAAGAUCACGGAGUGUUGAUUCUAGAAAUUCAAAAUUAAAGAGACGAAGCAUUUCGAAGGAAAAAUAUAGAAAUGAUCGUUAUCGUCUAAGCGACCGCAAGAAAAAGUAUCGUUCCCGAAAAUCUCGUUCGACUUCAUCUUCGUCUGAUAGGUCUAAAUCGUAUAGUAACAAAUUGAAAUCUAGAAGUGAAACGAAGAGGUCAUCAAGCAAGUCGAGAUCUCGUUCAAGAAGUUCACGAAGUUCAAAGUCUGAUUCGUCAAAGUCAAGUUCAUCUUGUUCGGUGUUAAGGAAAAGCACUGAAGAAAAUAAUCCGAUAAAAAAGGAUACUCCACCAAAAGUAUUACCAAGGUAUUACGGAAGAAAGAGAAGCGAUCAGAGCUCUUCUUCUGACCUAGAUGAAGCCAGCGAUAUGGAUACUUCCGAAAAUAAAUCUACUCCGAAUUCGUUUUCCAACGAUAAUCGUCCGGGAUAUGGUAAUGCUGGAUCAUCGUUCAAAAAAACUGCCGCAGCUCCUGUUUUAAGUCUUCAAGAACGCCUUAAAAGAAAACGACAGGCUCUACUAAAUAAACAAUUUAAGGCAGAUAAAUUGGCAGAACAGAUAAAGUCAGAACGUGAGAAGCAAGAGCAACAGCAUAGGGAGGACGAAUUGAGAGAAAUGGCCAUAAGAUUGAGAAGAAGACAAAGGGAAAUUCGUCACGCCUACGAUAGUCAUAAUAGUUCCGACACUUCAUCUGAUUCGGAUGGUAAGAAAAGUCGUUCAUCGAAUAGAAGUGUCCAACAAAGAAGUCGAAGCAACAGUCCUAGAGACCGCAGAAGUAGUGGCAAGGGUCAGGAUAUCAAGGAAAGAUCGAGUAGAAAAAGCUCACCGAAACGGCGUCAGAGGGAUAGUAACUCUGGUUCAGACCAGGAAAAAGAACAAAGGAGCAGAAGAAGGAGCGACGCUAAAAAAGAAGAGUACAAACGGGAAAACUACAAGAGAGAUGAACAACGAAGAGACGAUUAUAGAAGGUGCGAUGAACCUAGGAAAGGUGAAAGUUACAGUAGAAGUGAUGAUCUUAGAAGAGGUGACUACAGGAAUGAUGGUUCACGAAGAAAUGAAGAGAAUAACAGGAGACCUCUUGUAGAUUAUUGAUUUGUACUCGUUUAUGUGCAGUAUGAUUAAGUUAAUAAAUUUUAUAUAUCCUA